AUGGACAAAACGAAGAAUAAAGAAGUUAUUCGCUUGGAGCGCGAAUCCGUCAUUCCAAUCCUAAAGCCUAAGCUCAUCAUGACCUUAGCCAAUCUCAUUGAACAUACUUCUGACCGGAGUGAAUUUUUAAAGCUCUGUAAGAGAGUCGAGUACACUAUUCGGGCCUGGUAUCUUCUACAAUUCGAGGAUCUAAUGCAAUUGUGCUCCCUCUUUGAUCCUGUCCAUGGGGCUCAGAAGUUGGAGAGUCAGAAUCUGUCUUCAGAAGAAGUUGACAUACUUGAACAUAAUUUCCUGACAUACUUAUUUCAGGUAAUGGACAAGAGCAAUUUCAAGAUGGCCAGUAAUGAUGAGAUUGAUGUCGCACUUUCAGCACAGUAUCUUCUAAAUCUUCCUAUCUCAGUUGAUGAAUCUAAGCUUGACAAGAAACUUUUGAAGAGGUAUUUUGCCGAGCAUCCUCAGGAAAAUCUUCCAGACUUUGUUGAUAAGUAUGUAAUCUUUCGACGAGGCAUUGGGCUUGAUCAGACAACUGACUACUUUUUCCUGGAGAAAGUGGACAUGAUCAUUGCACGUUUAUGGGCAUGGAUUUUGAGAAAGACUAGGCUAGAAAGAGUGUUUUUGAGAAAGUCAAGUGCACAGCCCAAGAAAGAUCCAAAAAAGGAUGAUGAAGUUGGCACCGAAGCACAGCAGGAUGCCUUAUAUGUUGAACGGAUCCGCAUUGAAAAUAUGGAACUGAGUUUACGCAAUUUGCUGAGCAAGAUCACAAUCCAAGAACCUACAUUCGAUAGGAUAAUUGUUGUGUACAGGCGAGCGAGUACCCAGACAAAAAUGGACCGAGGAGUUUAUGUGAGGCAUUUCAAAAACAUCCCAAUGGGUGAUUUGGAAAUAGUCCUGCCAGAAAAGAAAAACCCAAGUUUAACUCCAAUGGAUUGGGUCAAAUUCUUCAUCUCUGCUAUAGUUGGCCUGGUAGCUGUGGUAGGUUCACUUGACGUGCCUAAAGCUGAUGUUUGGGUCAUUUUUGUGAUCCUCUCCACGGUGAUUGGUUACUGUGCUAAGACAUACUUCACGUUUCAGCAAAAUAUGGCUACAUAUCAGAACUUAAUCACACAGUCCAUGUAUGACAAACAACUGGAUAGUGGAAGGGGCACUCUUCUUCACUUAUGCGAUGACGUGAUUCAGCAAGAAGUAAAGGAGGUGAUAAUAUCAUUUUUCAUAUUGAUGGAACAGGGCAAAGCUACUUUACAGGAUCUUGACCUACGGUGUGAGGAACUUAUAAAAGAAGAGUUUGGUGAGAGCUGCAACUUUGAUGUGGACGAUGCAGUCCAAAAGUUAGAAAAGUUAGGCAUUGUUGCUAGAGAUGCAAUUGGAAGGUACUACUGUGUAAGUCUCAGGCAAGCUAAUGAGAUCAUUGGCACCACCACGGAGGAGCUUGUACUCAAAGCAAAACAGGGUGCUGGUCCCUCUUAA